AUGUCAUUUGAAGAAACUUUAGAAGAUACUGAACCCCAAGUCGAUUCCGGAAAAGUUGCUGAGGUUUCAGAUGAUAGUUUAGAAGAAUUAUUAUAUUCAAAUUCUAGCUUGGAUCCCAAAGAUUUUCAAGGAGCAACCCUGGAUGAUGCAUUAGACAGUAUCGAAGGAAAAACUCAACUGCAAAGAUUGGCAGGAUGGCCCAAUGAUGCUUACCGUAAAUUUAUGGAACUAAUUAUAGAGGGUAAUAUUUCUAACAAACUUGGUGAUAAGAUAAUCAAGUUUUUUAACAAGCAUAGUAAUUUGGAAGGGUCACCAUUGCCGAAGUCCACUAAAAAUGGCAAAGAUUAUCUUA